AUGGCCUCAAUCAUCGGACGCGCCGCUUUCCGCGCAACUCGCCCUCUCCGCUCUUCGGGCAUCAACGCCGGCUCCGAGAGCGCCGCUUCCCACGCCAGCCGUGAAGCCGACAAGAACGCUCUCAAGCAGGGCGCCCGCAAGGACCCCGAGCUCUACAUCCUCCUCACCAUCAUGUCCGGUGCCUUCGGUCUCGCCGGCUGGCACUUCUCCCGCAACCCCACUUCCUCCUCAUCCGAGAACCCCGUUAGCAUCGCCCCCGACUCGGAGCCCUGGAAGACCGGCGGCGACGCCAAAUACCAGUACCACCCCGGUGGUGACACCUCCAAGGCCCGCAAGGAUGCUCCUUCUGCUUUGAACGAGGUCAUCGUCCCCAACGUCAACCUGCCCAGAGAGCUUCACGAGAAGUACAACAAGUGGGGCAAGGAGGGCUACUAG